ACGCUAACGGCAUCACUGUGGUAACCGCCUUCUAUUGCCUCCGAUUGGUUGACCCGUGGGAAUGUAUCAAUUCUCACUGCUGCAGGAUUGGUCGGGGGGACUGUACGUGGGGCAGUGUGAGUCUGCAACGUUCCGGGUUAUUGUCAGUUUCGGCAGCUCGUUGCAGGGUGAAGGUACGCCUGCAAGAGAGCGCAAAGCUCUCCGGAACAUCCAAAUAAUUCAUCCGAAACAAACAGCGUAGAUUCAGAAUCAACAAAGGGUGAAAACGAAAACUGGGGAUCUCCGGUUGUACUGAGGAAUUUGUACUAAAACGAGACGUUCACACUUCAAGAAAACUGAUUAACCAAAGGAAAAUAGAGUUUUUCUAAUCCAAGCAAGGAUAAGGAGCUGCCGCGGAGAAGCUAUCAGGACUGUAGUAGGAGCUUUAUCAUGAAGAACACACAGCACUAACUCAUCACUGGUACUCCUGUCUCGGCGUCUGUUUCUGAUCAAAGGGAUUUCAUCUGAAAAAGACAACGACGCUGUUUCCCAAGUGCAAGAUCAAUGGAAUAUAUACAUGCCCUAAUACAUAAAUAAAUCAGUCGAGAAAUAGAUGCAGCCUACACAUACGAUUUGAAUUGCAAUCCAUUAUAUACAUACCGUAUAUAUUAACCGUCGGUCUUGGGCAAAAACAGGAAACGGAAUAUAUUGUGUUAUCCCUCUUUGUGCUUUGUAAUUGUUAAUAACAUACAAGCAAUUUUUAAUAUUAGUUUUUCUUUUCCCUGGAAAUUGCCAUGGAUAGUUGAAAAAAAUUCCGACUAAAACAAAACAUUCAUUUUUUUUAUAUUAUUAUUAUUAUUAUUAUUAUUAUUAUUAUUAUUAUUAUUAUUAUUAUUAUUUUAUUUCUGCCAACGUAUGUAUUUUUUUUUCAGCAACAUUGCACUUCAUUGAAACGAUGAACAUAUUUGCCUUUACAAGUGGAAAUUGCUGAAAUUGCAGUAGUUUUUUUUUUUUUUCAAUAAGAAAUUAAUACAGUUUGUUUAUUUCCCCCAAAAGAAAUGAAUUCAGCUGUUCAGAUGGAUCGAUACUUUUGAAGCAUUAAUACCGUAUAGUUUGUAUCUGGUUCAUCAGAGCUCAAACAACAACUAACUAAAUAAAUAAAUAAAUAAAUAACCGAAAGGAAUCCUCAUCUUUCGCCUCCGGGAAAUGUAAUAAAAAGGGAUUAUAUGCGAGUUCAGAUGUUCAGGAAUCAGGAUGGAAUCUCUGCCUGUCCGUAUCGCCGAGCUCUGAAGCCGAUUCACGGCGCUGCACAGCCUGGAUCACAGACUACCCGUCUUCACUUAAAACAAUUUAUGAUUCCUGUGUGGUGGCGCUCCCCUUGGUUUUAGACCCCACGCUCCACCAUGUUGGCCUGUCUGCAGAGAAGACAGAACCCCCAGCCUCAGCACCUGGCCUGCCCCAGCAAGACGCUGGAGACUCCCCACACCACCAGCCGCAAAUGUGAGCUGGUGGCGCCCAUGCAUUCCCCGCGGUACCCCAGCACGGCCGAGCUAGAUGCCUACGCACAGAAGACAGCCAACAGCCCCCUGUCCAUCAAGAUCUUCCCCACGAAUAUCAGGGUACCCCAGCACAAGCACCUUAACCGGACUAUCAAUGGCUAUGACACCACAGGCCAGCGCUACAGCCCCUACCCACACCUGCACACGGGUGGCUACAACGGCCUGCUCGCCAUCGUCAAGACCGCGCCCCCCGUGACAACAGGAAAGGCCGUGGUCAAAAACUCUGAGGGCAAGCGGACUAAGCUGUCCCCGGCCCAGAUUGCAGCGGCCCCUUAUCCACCACCGAGCAGCAGCACUUUAUCCCAGAGCCACGCGCAGAUACAGUACCACACAGGCCACUCCAAACCCCCUGAAGCUCCCACAGUACCGGUACCUCCUAAUGUUACUGUGGCUGCUUCCGUUAUCCCCAUUGUAGGGGGCCGUGGCUUGGCUUUGCCCCCGCAGUCUAACCUGCCCUCCAUUCAGAGCAUCAUCUACCAGAUUAACCAGCACUGCCAGGCCCAGGCUCUGCAGCAGGUGUGCCAGGGGGUGGUGGUGGCGGCAUCAACCGCCAACCCCAGCCCAGCAAAACAGGGGGCGGGAGCUUCUACAAACUCUUCUGGCAGCAUGGCAGGCUUCCCCGGCGGCAUGGUGGCCCAGAGCGGUUUGGCCUACGCUGGGGCGGUGUUGCCCACCCAGGGGGCUGAGCUUGUCAAAGCUGGGGCAGCCUAUAUGGACAGCAUGGAUUAUAUCAUCUGGCAGCAAAAGCAGCAGCAGCAGCACCAACAACACCAGCACCAGCAGCGUCAUCCACAGCAGCAGCAGCAGCAGCAGCAUCAGGCUGCCCUGAGGAUGUACAGUGCUGGGAGCGGAGGCGGUGGAGCCAUUAGCAAAUCUCCGGAAACGUGUGUGCCGGGGAGCGCGGUGGGGGUGGUCGGCAGCGCCCUGGUGUCCUCCAGGCCUUACGCCCUGACUGCAGGUGCCGGUUGGCUGGACAAAGUGAGCUCCUCUCCGCUGAACUGCACUGGCAUGCACGGCAACUUCUCGGUGGGCCAGUACUUUGCCCCUCCUUGGAACAGCGUGCUGGUGACCCCCGACAGCGACUGUUACAACCCCCAGGACAUUGCGGGGGCCAACACGGGGGGCGGCGGGGGGCACAGAGAGCUGGGUUUCCCCCACCAGCACCAUAAUCACCACCACCCCCCCUCCGACAGCGGCCUGUGCUGCAGCCUGCCCAGCAAGACCCUCUGCAACACCUCCAUCCUGAGCAGCAGCCUCCAGUCGCUGGAAUACCUCAUCAACGACAUCCACCCUCCCUGCAUCAAGGAGCAGAUGCUGGGCAAAGGCUACGAGACAGUAUCGGUGCCCAGGCUAUUGGAUCACCAGCACGCUCACAUUCGACUGCCGGUAUAUAGAUAAAAACAAAAAAAACAACUAACAUUGAAACAAAAAAACUAAGAAAAAAAUUUAUUAAAACAGAAAAGGAGAUCUUUAUUAUAUAUAAAUAUCUAUAGAUAUGCGAUUUGGCACUGCUUUAAAAGAAGAGGAUGGGUGACUCCAAAGCUCCCCAAGAGGUGGUGGCUCUAACGGGCAAAGGUUGAAGGUGAAAGGGGAGUAGCGCGUGUGUGUGUCUGGGGUGGUAGGCAGUUGGAAUUCAGUUUUGAAGCUGGAAAAUUGAUUGCUGGUUGGAGUGAGAUUUGCUAACGGGGGAUGGUUUGCUUUUGCUGGUGUUGUUUUUGUGAGCUUGCUACUGGAUGUGGUGCACACAGGUGAAAGAAAUAUGCACAUAAGCGCCCCCUACACCUUGGAGGACCAACACAAAAGCCAAGGCCGUGCAAAUGGUUCCAAACAACAAAUAAAAAGAGAGAAGACAAGAAUCGUCUUUUGCCGCUACACAGAUGAAAGCUGCAAGAACUGUUUUAGUGGGAAAAAAAUUAAUAAUUAAUGUGAAUUGCACUGCUUGGAGUAUAAAUGCUAGAAAAUGGGUGGGAGGGGGAGUGGGGUGAUCUGGAGUAAAUAUAUUUAAGAAACUUGAAAACUUGAACCUAUUUUUUUUUUUUUUUUAGGUUGAUAUACAAUGUAUGUGUUGGCUGCUAAGGGAAAAGGUCUUUAUUUCUUAUUGCUUAUUAAAAUUUUUCUGUUUCAGGGUUUUAAUUGUUGUUUUUUUUAUAAGCUGUCUCCAGCUUCCUUGAAUGAAACAAGGCUGUUGCUUCUGGUUCUGCAAGAACCGUGGGCUUGAGGUGUUUGGAGGUGCACUAAAAAAAAAAAAAAAAAGCAAAAAACAAACCAUGUAUCAUGAAUUGUCUCUCCGCUGUUCAAAUUUACAGGUGGUCCCCAGACUUGGCAUGUGUUUGCCUUAUUGGGAUAUACGUUCAAAUAAAGAAGACAAAGAUGCCCUCAAUUCUCUCGUUUUGAAUUGGUUCCGAAGGUAGUUUUUAGGUUCAUGGGGGUAAGAUUGGAGAGCUCAGAUUUGAUCCUGGUUUAUACGAUUUCCACAAUCAGAGUUAAGUGCAGAAAUCAAAUUGUAUACGCUGAGGGAACAGAGAACGCUCCGUUCUAGUAAUAACAGCAUGAAUGGGAUCAAGGAAAUGCCACCUUUUGAUCCCAGAUCAAUUUUGAAGGCAGUGGAAUUGUAUCUUUUGAAUUUUGAUUGGUUACCCAAGUGAUUGGCUUCAGUCCCAGCUGUGCCAGCUUGGAGAGGGAGUCUGUGUGUGUUUGAGAGAGAGAGAUGGAGCUUUACCUUGGAUCCAGUUAUAUCCAGUCACGUGACAGCAAUCCAGGAUCUAAUCAGAACUUGUCUGCCCCCAGCUUCAGGAACAUUUUCAAAUUCUUUUAGAAAAAAGACCAGAUCUGAGGGUUCUCUUGCGAGUUUUCUUUUUUUAAAAAAAGACCAGGUGACGAUGCUUGAUAUACAUUUUAUAUACAUUUUAUUUUCAUGCUGUGACAUGUUGGAUGUAGUGUAUUGCACCAUGUGCUGGCUUUGGCUUGAGAGACCAUUAUUAAUUGUUUGUCGUUUCUACUAGGUACUGGUGUAUCAUGUAGACCUGGGCUAUAAUAUGAAUGUGCUGUAUUUAUAAGUAAGUAUUAAAAUGCUUGCCUUUUUUUUAAAAAACUGAACACAAUAUAUAAACAGUAAAGAUAUGGCAGAACAAUCUCUGCAAGAGCCUGAGAACCCAAAGAUUGAGGCUUUUCUUUUAAUUUGAUCAAUUUGCCCUUAUAAGCAUGUCCAGUCUUCCUAUACAGCCUGAGAGGCUGAACUUGUACACUGUCAGACAGCAUUUCCCCACUCUUUGUGCAUCACACACGACCGCUACGUUUCCCAGUUCGCUUUUUGGAAACAAGACAUUCGAUCCCUGUGUACUUUUUCUAAUCCAGCAUUUUCUUUCUCCAUAAACUUCUCUGGAUCGCUUUCAUCAGUCCUAUUUCGUUAUGCUAAUGGGAUGAAACCGGGCUUGCCACAACCUGUACUGCACCCAGUGCUCUCUUCAGGAGAGUCGUCUUAAAAGUGAUUGAUUUGAAGUGCUUAACUACCGAGGAGAAACAGGAUGUGUUAGUUGUUCAGUGAGAUUUCAUUUAAUUUUAAUGCUGAUGUAACCCUCCUUCAAACAAGGCAUUGCAUUCUGCUCAUUUAAUUUUUUUUAAUGUAAAUCAUAUAGAAUGUAUUUUAUUUUCUUAGACUAAUUAGGGCUAACACUAAGAGAACUAGGGGAGCGACUGUAUAUCUCGGAGCAGACAGGAAGCUGUAUUGACACCCAUUUCAAUGUGAUUAGGACGAUCCAAACUCCUGUUCAUUGCACAUAAAGCCGAUGAGACCUUGGAAGUUGCCCCAGGGCAGUGCGGCAUUCGGGCUUGGGUCCCUUGGAAGUUGCCCUAGGGCAGUGCGGCAUUCGGGCUUGGGAGUCAGGUUUUGUGGCAGGCACCUGGUAGGUUUCACAGUUGGAUAGUGGGCGGAUUUUGUUAGUUUCUGGUAUAUAUUCCAUAUAUUGGAUAGCAAGCUCAGUCUGGUUUAGGGAACAGCAAAGAGAGACGUUCCACCCUCAUUGAGCAGGGGGAUGUGAAAUGGCUUGCAGUGCCUGUUUUUGUACUGGGAUUUUAACAGUGAUGGGACAGCAUGGAGCCUCAAUACAGCGUCUUUGUCUUCAGUGGAUUGAAUAAUGCGCCCGGCUCCACAGAGGGAUUGGGCGGGGGUGGGUCUUUUUAAAGGCUCCAUGCUGUCUGUCGAGGGCGCCACGCUCUCUGUUCCAUAACUGUUGAUGGGGGGAAUAUAUUCCACCCACAGUGACCCUCUCCACUCUAGCAGUGCAAGCAGAUUCCUGACACAAACAAUGAGCUGCUCGCAUUAGGAUAAUGGUAUUAAAUUCCAAAUAGAUUUCAGCUCAGAGCUUCACUCAUCCACACUGGGCUUUCUCAGCUGUUGAAACACAGCGACAUAUGGUGGUGUGUCAUUAUCUGAACCCCCUUUACAGGACGGGCCAGUGAAACUUAGUGCUUACUGCUUAAACAAACAGAGAGCCUGUGAUUUCAGGGAUAAUGCUUAGCUAGGGGUCUCUCUGCUCGGACCACCAGCCCACACUGCUUCCCAGUCAGUCUGCUCAGACCACCAGCCCACACUGCUUCCCAGUCCCUCUGCUCAGACCACUUGAGCCGCGCUGCUUUCAUUACGCAGCACUUGGUCACGUUGCUUCCUAGUCCCUCAGUUCUGACCUCUUGGUACACAAUGCCUCUUCAGCUCAAACAAUUAAGCCUGUCAGCUGUGGGCCUGACGCACAGUUCACGGUAGAAAGAUUUCACAAGCGUGAGGUUGUAGAGAGGUGCUUUUGGGUUAGGGCCUGGUGUGGUUUUUGUUUUGAAUUCUUCUCCAGUCCUUGAGACAAGGGGUUUGUUAGGACCCCCUCUGCUCGUCCCAGUCUUUAGCCACAGUGCUUUCAGCCACUAAUGGGCCUAGUCUCAGGGAACGGGCUUAAACAAACAAGAGGCCCCUCUGUCGGCCUGUGGUGUGCAUCUGAGGGUGAAAUUAAAUCACAGGGAAGGGGAGGCUGUGUUUGUAUAAAAUAAUAAGUGACUUUACACCAAGAGAUGUCAAAGUGCAGUCUGGGUGGGUGCUUGGCUGACAGUGCAUACGCAUCACUCACCAUCCUACCAAUACAGUAACUGUUAAAGAUAUAGCCUGUUUAUAGUUUUAAUAGCAGUUAUACAAGUCUGUAGCCUCGGGUAAGUGCAAUUGAAUGCAAAUGUAUUUUGUAAUUCAACACCCCCUAGUGUUGAAAUUAGGCAUAGCCCCUUAACUUAACACCCUUCUUCUCGCUCGUCUUUCACUCGCCCUUCUCCUCCCCCCCCCCCACCUUUGCCAGCGCAUUGUGUGGCUCACCUCGGCUUGUUUAUCCCCCCCAGGAGAGUCACUAAUCAGCUUUCCCCCGAAACCUCGGCUACUCGAUACGACAACUAGCUUUAUCAACAUUUUCAAGGGCACAGCGUUGAGAUAGACAGAGCAAGAGGGAUAGAGAGCGUAAAUCCUGUAAGGACAGUGGGGAGGAAGGGCGGCCCAGAAACUGUCUCAUUAGCCAGCUUUCUUCCACCCAUUUUUCAUCUCCUGUUUGUGAGGGACACGAAAAGAGGGAAAAACUCUGCUUCCGUCCUAGACAAGACAUGGGAUUUGUAGAUUUAUGAUGCCGGAUCAAUAUAUAUGCAGAUAGGCAACGUCUAAAUGUACUGCACACGCAGUACCGUAUAUCAUGACAAUACCCCUCACCAUACAAGUUCAGAUCCUUUUUUUUCUCUCAAGCAGUACAAGUGUUGGAAUGUCUGAUUUAUGACAAGUGGCUUAUCAAUUUAAGGAUUUCAAAAACUCCUAAUAUAUCUCUAUAUUGACCGACAGGGGAAUCUGGCUUCCCUGUAUAUACACACACGCCCUCGGUUUAAUUAUGUGUUGAGUCUGUAAUAUUUUGUUCAAGGCAGUCCAGCCUUGUUCUCACAAGAGAUUUGAUAUGGUUUGUUUGUUUGUUUGUUUGUUUGUUUGUACGUUUUUUUUUUUUUUCUUCUUCUCAUAAACAACGUGGCUGUGAGAAGCUCAAGGCAAACCAGUGUGUGAAUUCAGCAAAAAAUGAGACACAAAGGGGACAGGCAAUGAGGGAAGGGAAGAAAGAUGCUGAAAAACAGAAAAACAAAGGCAGCUGCUCUCUCUGUGGAAAUAAAAUCCACCCAGGCCAGCCCUGGCAACAGGAAGGGCUCUCUCCCUCUGGUACAGUGCAGCCCCAUCCAGCCAUGCUUACACACAGCAUACUGAGAAAUAGCAGACACAUUUUGAAUGUGCACUGUCCCGUUCCGUCUAAUUGCUUGUUUGACAGUUCUGCAGUGGCAGGCAGGAAACUAAAAAUAGAUGAUCAUAAUCAUCAGCACCUGAACAAUGGACGAAUCUAUCAAGCAGACAACCUGUGUUUUAUUAUUUUUUUUUAUUUAUUUAUUUUAUUUUUUGGGGGGGGGGGGGGGGGGGUUAAUAUUAUCCUUAUUAGCAGUUUGUUGCAAUUUUCCUUCCGUUACAAAUACAUCCGAUUUCUAAUCCCACUCUCUCUCUCUCUCUCUCUCUCUCUCUCUCUCUCUGAAGUCUUAUGUGACUGUCUUGUUUCCAUUAGCUUUUGAAAUAAAACCCUGGGGAAAUGCAAACUAAAACCGAAGGAAUGGCUUUAAAAGCAUGUAAGAAAUGAGAAGAGUAACGCAAGACUCUCGACUGUGCCCUCGCAGGCUGUCCGUCACGCACGCGCUCUUUUCAUUCCUUCGCUCGUUCCAGUAUGCCAUGGAGUAUUGCACCCCGCAGUCAUGCACUUUUUCAAAAGGAGGGCAGGGAAUUCAAAAGGAGUAUGAAAUGAUAUAAUAAUCUGCUGUCCUAUUUGGAAUAUGUAUUGUGCAUUCCCAUAUUCCAAAUACUCCCGUAGCCAGAACAUGAUUUUCUUAUCCCCAAAAAUGGACUGACAUACAUUUCUAGAUCUGUCUGUGAAGUGGCAUACUGGUUCUGUGGGGCGAGAUAUAUUUAAAGUAAUCUGUCCUUGGUGUUUCAAUAUCAACCAUGGGUUGACAAAGACAAAACAGGUACAUUUCCAAUAAUGAUAGCAUAAGUGCUAGCGUAGUAGAUGUGUAUUUACUGUCUUAAUUACAUGCGUAUUACAUGUUUUUUUUCUGCAAUUGAUCAUGUAGUUUUUUUUUAUUCAACUCAAUGUGAAAUAACGCCACUUUUAAAAUAAAACAUGCCUUUUUUGCAUGUGCUGUAGGUAAGUUGUACCAUAGUCCUUACCCGCAUACCAAGUCUGGGGAAACCUGUUUUGCAAUUGUUCUGUUCAGCCAGUUCAAGAAACCUUAAAAGUUUGGUUCUAGAAAGCUCUCUUGAUACCUCGGAAUAGCCAGGGUCUGGGGUAAAACAACCUUGAGAAAUAACAAAUGUAUGGAAACUCUUUAUUUAAUCAUCUUUCAUUGCUCUCCCUGCAGUAUUGUAUUUAUGUGUGAAAACUGUACGUUUCCUCAGGAUAAAUGUAUAAAGAAAUAAAUGAUUCAUUUCUUUUUUUUUUUUUUAAAAGAAGGCUUGAUUGAUUUAAUGAAGGAGCCUGACUCAAACAAAGCUGUCAUAUCUUUAGCCUUGGGAUUCUCUUCAAUGUGCCUACAGCCCCUUUGUCUCCCUGUGAUUGCUUACUUUAAUUCCAUCGCCCUCCUGAAGUCUUCAAAACCACAGACCUUCCCUGAAAUAUCAGCAUCAUUAUUAAUAAUCUUAUUGUACUUUCAGAAAAAAAAAAAAAUAAUCCCUGCUUUUUGUCACUCAGGACUGAAAUCUCUUUAUUUUAAUGUAGAUGUUUAAUUUAUUCUCUCCUCUGUUAUUUUAUUAUUGUUUGACUUGAAGCAAAUAAAACAGAUUCCUUGUACA